AUGACAGCGUCUCGCCCCAAUAUCCUUUUCAUAAUGGCUGAUGACCAUGCCUCGAAGUCCAUCUCAUGUUACGGGGCCGGGAUCAACGACACCCCAAACCUGGACCGAUUAGCCACCGAGGGGAUGAAAUUCAACCAUUGCUAUGUGACUAACAGUAUCUGUACACCAUCGCGGGCGGCGAUCCUCACCGGCACACACAACCACGUGAACGGUGUCAUGACCCUCGACUCGAAAAUCAACAAGCACAGCCCCAAUGUCGCCAAAGCCUUAAGAACGGGAGGGUACCAAACGGCCAUGGUUGGAAAGUGGCAUUUGGGCGAGGGAAGCGAACAUGAACCUACCGGCUUUGAUUAUUGGAGUGUUGUUCCUGGUCAGGGUGAAUACCACGACCCCGAGUUCAUCGGGCCCGAGGGCACGACCAGAGAGCGCGGAUACGCUACCGACAUCAUCACAGACAAGAGUCUGGACUGGAUCAAGAAGCGAGAUCCUCAAAAGCCCUUCUUCAUGAUGUGCCAUCACAAAGCCCCUCAUCGCAGCUGGGAGUGUCACCCCAAGCACAAAGACCUGUACCGAGACCCCGUUCGUCUCCCGGACACAUUCACCGACGACUACAAGAACCGGGCGAAGGCAGCGAAAGUGGCCAAGUUCCGUGUGGCAGAGGAUCUCACAUAUUUCGAUCUGGGGCUAGUGCAACCCGACGGUGGCAGCGAGGUCGGCGAGAAGAUGAUCGAUAAAUGGUGGUUUCAAGACCGAAAGAUCCCCGCCCCUGAGGACGUCACGAAGAUGCGACUCAUCGACAAGGAAGACGGAACCGUCUUCACGUUCAACACGACACAGGAGCUAGCCGAGUUCAAGUUCCAGCGGUACAUGCAGCGAUAUCUCCGGACAAUCCAGAGCAUCGACGACAACGUGGGUCGGAUGCUGGACUUCUUGGACCAGGAGGGACUAGCCGACAACACGAUUGUGGUUUACACAUCGGACCAGGGCUUCUUCCUCGGCGAGCAUGGCUGGUUCGAUAAGCGAUUCAUGUACGAAGAGAGCUUCCAAAUGCCGUUCCUCAUCCGAUACCCUCGGGAAAUCCCGGCAGGUAGCAUCUGCGAGGACAUUAUCUGCAAUGUGGACUUUGCGCCUACAUUCUUGGACUUUGCGGGCCUCCGCAUGCCGUCGUACAUGCAAGGGUUAAGUUUCCGAGAGUUGUUGAGGUUGAAUACGCCCAGUGAUUGGCAGCAGGUGGCGUAUCAUCGCUACUGGAUGCACCGGGACGUGAUCCACGAGGCGUAUGCACACUACGGUGUGCGCGAUCGGCGGUAUAAGUUGAUCUAUUGGUACAAUGAGGACUUUGGCAUCGAAGGGACCCGGCCCGGUGGCGAGGAGAAGGAAUGGGAAUUGUUUGAUUGCGAGGAAGAUCCACUUGAGUUGUUUAAUUGCUAUCACGAGGAGAAGUAUGGCGAGGUGGUCCAGCGCAUGACCCAAUUGCUGAAGGCCAAGAUGGAGGAGAUCGGUGAUGAGCCUGUGCACCCGCGUGAGGCAAUUUAG